UUUCUCCGCCUCUCACGGCCCUUUGCGCCCCCUCGGUACCCCUGUGUCAGGCUCCCGGUGUGAGUUUUCCCGCUCUCUCUGUCAUCAUUUGUCUUAUUUGUGUUCUCCCCCCUUGGCAGGCUUUUCUGAGUCUGCAGCCUGUCCAGACUUCUAGCCCUUGAGGAGGGAGGGCGCCCCCGGCCAGGAGAGCAGGAAAGACACGCGGGAAGCCCGGCCUGCUCCGGGCGGGAGGAGAGAAGUCCCGGUCGGGGUACAGGAUGGCGGUCACACUUGACAAAGAAGCCUAUUAUAGGCGAAUCAAACGUUUCUACGGCAACUGGAAGAAAGGAGAAGAUGAAUUUGCCAAUGUGGAUGCCAUUGUGGUAUCUGUGGGAGUCGAUGAAGAAAUUGUAUAUGCAAAAUCUACUGCCUUACAGACCUGGUUGUUUGGCUAUGAGCUUACGGACACCAUAAUGGUAUUUUGUGAGGAGAAAAUCAUCUUUAUGGCCAGCAAAAAGAAAGUGGAAUUCCUCAAACAGAUUGCCAACACCAAAGGGAAUGAAAAUGCAAAUGGCACUCCAGCAAUCACACUACUCGUCCGAGAGAAGCAAAAUGAAGCUAAUAAGGCUAACUUUGAGAAGGUGAUUGAAGCCAUCAAGGGUAGCAAGAAGGGCAAAUACAUUGGUGUUUUCAUAAAGGAUAAAUUCCCAGGGGAUUAUAUGAAGAGUUGGUAUGACACCCUGAAUAAAGAGGGUUUUGAUAAGGUGGAUAUCAGUGCUUCGUUAGCAUAUACCAUAGCGGUCAAAGAAGAUGGUGAACUAAAUCUUAUGAAAAAAGCAGCUACUAUCACAUCUGAUGUUUUCAGCAAGUUUUUUAAAGAUCGAGUCAUGGAAAUUGUUGAUGCAGAUGAGAAAGUACGGCACAGCAAAUUGGCGGAGUCAGUGGAGAAAGCCAUAGAAGACAAAAAAUACUUAGGUGGGACCGAUCCAUCCACAAUUGAAAUGUGCUAUCCUCCCAUAAUACAGAGUGGAGGCAACUAUAACCUUAAAUUCAGUGUUGUCAGUGACAAGAAUCACAUGCAUUUUGGAGCAAUUACAUGUGCUAUGGGUAUCCGGUACAAGUCUUACUGUUCUAAUCUAGUCCGAACACUCAUGGUGGAUCCCACACAGGAAAUGCAAGACAAUUACAACUUUCUUUUGCAGUUGCAGGAAGAGCUGCUAAAGGAGCUUAAACACGGUGCCAAAAUAUGUGAUGCCUAUCAUAUAAUCAUGGAUCAGGUGAAGAAACAGAAACCAGAUCUCUUAAGCAAGAUUACGAAGAAUCUGGGAUUUGCAAUGGGUAUUGAAUUUAGAGAGGGAUCACUUGUCAUCAAUAAUAAAAAUCAAUAUAAACUUAAGAAAGGUAUGGUCUUCAGUGUUCACUUGGGGUUAUCAGAACUUAAUAACAAGGCAGGAAAGAAGCCUGAAGAAAAGACAUAUGCUUUGUUUGUGGGAGAUACUGUGUUGGUUAAUGAGGAAGGAGCUGCAACUGUGCUUACUCAUGUUAAGAAGAAGGUGAAGAAUGUGGGCAUUUUCUUGAAGAAGGAAGAUGACGAGGAGGAGGAAGAAGAUAAAGAUGAAGCUCAAGACAUAUUGGGUCGUGGUGCUCGUUCUGCAGCCCUGCUGACGGAAAGGACAAGGAAUGAAAUGACAGCAGAGGAAAAACGGCGUACUCAUCAGAAGGAGCUUGCUACGCAGCUUAAUGAUGAGGCAAAGAGAAGGCUUACAGAGCAGAAGGGGGAGCAGCAAACAUUGAAGGCUCGGAAAUCUAAUGUUUCAUACAAGAAUGCUUCUCAGAUGCCAAAGGAGUCGGAGAUUCGCGAGAUGAAGAUUUACAUUGACAAGAAAUACGAGACCGUUAUCAUGCCUGUAUUUGGAAUCGCAACUCCUUUCCACAUUGCCACUAUAAAGAAUAUCAGUAUGUCUGUUGAAGGUGACUAUACCUACUUGAGAAUCAAUUUUUUCUGCCCAGGCAGUGCUCUGGGGCGAAAUGAAGGCAACAUCUUUCCCAAUCCUGAAGCCACAUUUGUCAAAGAAAUAACUUACAGAGCCUCUAAUGUGAAAACUCCUGGAGAUCCCAGUGUGCCAUCACUCAACCUUCAAAAUGCAUUCCGUAUUAUCAAGGAGGUGCAAAAACGGUACAAGACCAGGGAAGCUGAAGAAAAGGAGAAGGAGGGCAUUGUUAAGCAAGACUCCUUAGUCAUAAAUCUCAACCGCAGUAACCCGAAGCUAAAGGACUUAUACAUACGGCCAAAUAUUGCCCAGAAGAGGAUGCAGGGCUCACUGGAGGCUCAUGUUAAUGGCUUUCGCUUUACAUCAGUCCGUGGGGAUAAGGUAGACAUUUUGUACAACAACAUUAAACAUGCCAUCUUCCAGCCUUGUGAUGGAGAGAUGAUUAUCGUUCUUCAUUUUCAUCUUAAGAAUGCUAUCAUGUUUGGAAAGAAGAGACAUACUGAUGUUCAGUUCUACACAGAAGUUGGGGAAAUUACUACAGAUCUUGGAAAGCACCAGCACAUGCAUGAUCGUGAUGACUUAUAUGCUGAACAGCUGGAAAGAGAGAUGAGGCACAAGCUGAAAACGGCUUUCAAAAAUUUUAUUGAAAAGGUGGAAUCUUUGACAAAGGAGGACUUGGAAUUUGAGGUUCCCUUUAGAGACCUGGGGUUCAAUGGAGCUCCAUACAGAAGCACCUGCCUCCUUCAGCCCACCAGCAGUGCACUGGUAAACACCACAGAGUGGCCCCCAUUUGUUGUUACGCUUGAUGAGGUGGAGCUUGUACACUUUGAGAGAGUGCAAUUUCAUCUUAAAAACUUUGACAUGGUUAUUGUUUACAAAGAGUACGGCAAGAAAGUCACCAUGAUUAAUGCAAUCCCUGUGGCUUCACUUGACCCCAUAAAAGAAUGGCUUAACUCCUGUGACAUUAAAUAUACUGAAGGAGUACAGUCACUAAACUGGACAAAAAUUAUGAAGACCAUUGUAGAUGACCCUGAAGGUUUCUUUGAACAAGGUGGUUGGUCAUUUUUAGAGCCAGAAGGAGAGGGCAGUGGUGCAGAGGAAGGCGAAUCAGAGUCUGAAAUGGAAGAUGAGACAUUUAAUCCUUCUGAGGAUGAGUAUGAAGAAGAGGAGGAGGACAGCGAUGAGGAUUACUCUGAUGAGACAGAGGAGUCGGUUGGCAGUGAAGAAUCCCUGGGCACUGAUGAGGAGAGUGGAAAGGACUGGGAUGAACUAGAAGAGGAAGCCAGAAAAGCUGACCGGGAAAGCCGUUAUGAGGAAGAGGAGGAGCAGAAAGGAGGAAAAAAGAGGAAAGUCCAUGCGCCUGCUCCAAAUCCUUCUAAAAAGAGGAAGAAGUGACACCAUCAUGCCCGACAUCCUUCUUAUAAAUUCACCCUGAUCUUCUAUUGUAUUCAUUCUUCUCCCUUUUAACCACCCACCCAGUCAGAAUUUCUGCCCUUCACAUUGAUAGCUUGAGAUUCAUCUUUCAGCUUUGAUGCUUCUGAAUUCUGAAGAUAGUUGGGGUUUUGUAAGGUUAAAUGGACCAAUGCAAUAUUAUUUAAAUGUACUUUUUUUACCCAAUUUCAAACUCUUCUAACCAGAAUGAGAAGUGUGAUGGCAUUGUAUUGCAAACCUCAUGACAGCUAAAACUGGACAGUGCUCUUGAGAGUGAUGCUUUCAGCAUCUAUAAAUAAGUUCAUUGCGUCAGGGACUCUGCAAGGACAAGCUGUAAAUGAACAGCUUUUUCAGCAACCCUCUCAGCCCCUUGUGCUGGUUUGUUUUGCUUUCCCAUGUGCUUUUGACCAUUUCCCUUAUUUUAUUGCCUAUGUCAGCUUUCAUGAGCUACUCAAAAUUUACAGUUAAAGUUUAUGAAAAAGGAAAAAAAAAAUAUUUGCAUAAUGUAUUUUGUUUUAAAUGCCAGGUGUCAGACAUUGUUUUCCUCGCUGCUGCUCUAAACUGAAAUAUAUUGCUUUUUGAUGCUUUCCUUCCCCCCUGCCCUCAG